UACAAUUCUAUCUUUAAUGUGUUUUAUAUUUGAAUUUGUUAUUCAUUUUUGCUUGAUAUUUUUAAUUUACUGCUGUAAAUGAAUUUAAAAGAGGAAAAUGAUCUAAGGCAAAGAAAAAUGGACUAAUUAAAUAUGAUAUUUAACUAAUGUGAAUCGAAAAAUAUGAGAAUUAGAAGCAACUUUCGAUCUGAGUUCUCGGCUCUUUUUUCCUUAAUGCUCAGUAUGCAUGUCUUUGCGUAUUAAUUGUAAAGAAUGAGAAUCGGCUAGAAGUAUAUAAUGGAAUUCAAACGAUGUAUCUUUAAUUUCCAUAGUUUUCAUGUUUGUUGCAUGUAUAUUACGUUAUCGCGUAUGAAUAAGUUAUGUCAGUUUUUAUAAUUCAUAUAAUAAUUAUAAAAUCACAUCAAAUUCUAUCACGCUGAUUUCGCGCGCAAUUGUUUUCUCAUUCUCCCGUCUCCCCGUACUAGUCGUAUCUGGUCGUAUCUAGAGUAAUGAGAACACAGCUUGUCCGAUCUUUUCCCUCUCCCUCGGCCCUUUACCCUCGGCAUUUCAUCCCUCUUCCCCCUCCGCUGCUGCAUCACAUCAGUGCCUCUUCUCUGUCUUUCUCACUCCCGAUAUCGCGAGAUUGUAAACAAUUCGAACGCGCGCGGAGGAAGGCAUUGGGAAGGAUGCGACUGACGUGGGCCGAGGGGAGAUACGCGCUCUGUCUACUGAUCCUGCAAAUAAGACUGACCAACUCCCGGACGUCCUGGCGACUGAAUGCCGCCGACAAGGUCGUGAAGACGACCGACUUCGUGAGCGCGGUUGAGGAUGAUCCGAUCUUUGACAUCCUCGCGGGCACCAUGGUCACCGGCAACGGCCAGGCCUGGAGCAGAACCGCGACGUCCGAGAAACACGACAAAGUGCAGAUAUACUGUCAGGAAUGCAAGAGUUUCGUCAGUCAGGAGAGACGACUCUCGUCGUACGUGUUGAAGGACACGCAAAAUAUCAGCGAAUCCUUCCCACUGUCUUCGCAAGUGUCCUCCAAUGAGCAGAUGACAUGCGCCUCUGGUCAAUCAUGCGACAACAUAAUAUUGGACUGUGGCAAGCCAGUGAACUUUACUUAUUACGACAAUCUGAUCGGCGUGGCAAACAGGAACAAGCACCCAUUAGUACCAGAACCUAAUGUGGCGCUCAUGUUUAAGAAGAACAGUGGCAAAACUGUCGACGUCGACAUUGACCUGCUGGAGAGACGCUUGAAAAAAGCAAAGCGAGAGAAACCAAAAUCUGUCCAGCUGUACAAUCAGAUAGGAAAUUUUUGGCGUAUAAAGGGCGAUGCACAAAGAUCGAUCGAAUGCUUUCGCAGAGCGCUUGCUGUGUCACCGCACAAUGCAGAGGUGCUCUUGAAUUUGGCUAGAGUAUUGCUGGUGCAACACUACUUGGAUGACGCGACGUAUUUAGCCAGGCGAUCCUUAGAAUUGCAGCCUCCAGAUCGCAAUGCGUGGGAACAAUAUCUUACACUUGGACAAAUAUUCAAGGCAUAUGGACAUUUCCAAGAGGCAGCUGUACACCUGCGUCACGCAUUGGAAUUAAAACCAGAUCUCUCCGAUGCUGCCGAUGCGUUAAAAGAGGUCGAGUCACUGCCACUUGCAAGUAUACAUGUGUAUACGUUGCUGAUCAUCGUCGGUUUGGUGCUCGGUGUACUCUUUGUUGUGUUGACCAGUGUGGAAUGUGAUGAGGAUUCAACUCUAGUCAAUGGACAGCUUCAGCGUCCAGUACAACGACAUUUCAGUCGUGCUAUGGCCAUGCGCAGCUUGCGGCUCAACGUCGCACGUAAUAAACGCUGUUGAUACUGAUAAUGACUCAUUAUUAACGAAUCGAUCGUUCGUACAUGUGAUAGAAUAACUUCUCAUGCCAUAACGACUUAUCUCCUUGCAAAUUAUUAUUAUUAUUUAUAAUGUGACUCGCAAUAAUUCUUGGAAUGCACUAACUAUUUAUUAUAUAUCUCUGGAGAAUAAUAUACAAAGAAAUAUAAAAAUUUUA